AUGACCACACUAAUAAAUUCAACCUUCCUCUUAGCCCUAAUCACCCUAAUAUUUCCACUAACAACAACUUACCCAAAAACAUGAACACCUCUAAAAACAAAAACAGCUGUAAAAAUAGCAUUCUUCAUCACCCUAAUCCCACUAAUCGCCUUCAUUUAUACAGACAUUGAAUCUGUUAUCACCAACCUACACUGAUCAACCACAUCCACAUUCACCAUAAACAUAAGCUUUAAACUUGACAAGUACUCCAUCAUGUUCGUCCCAAUCGCCUUAUACGUCACAUGAUCCAUCCUAGAAUUUACACACUGAUACAUAGCUACUGACCCUUAUAUCACAAAAUUUUUCAAAUACCUACUAAUUUUCCUAGUAGCCAUAAUAAUCCUAGUAACAGCCAACAACAUAUUUCAAUUCUUUAUUGGCUGAGAAGGAGUAGGAAUCAUAUCCUUCCUCUUAAUCGGAUGAUGAUCCGGCCGAACAGAAGCAAACUCAUCAGCCCUACAAGCCAUUAUUUACAACCGUAUCGGAGACAUCGGACUAAUCCUCAGUAUAGCCUGACUAUCAAUAAACCUAAACACAUGAGAACUCCAACAAAUCUUUACCCACACCAAUCUCACCCCACUACUUCCACUCCUAGGAUUAAUCCUAGCCGCAACAGGAAAAUCAGCCCAAUUCGGCCUCCACCCCUGACUACCAGCAGCUAUAGAAGGCCCCACCCCAGUUUCAGCAUUACUACACUCAAGCACUAUAGUAAUCGCUGGAAUCUUCCUACUAAUCCGAAUACACCCCAUCUUAACCACCAACAACACAGCCCUCUCAACCUGCCUUUGCCUAGGAGCCAUCACCACACUAUUUACAGCUUUUUGCGCCCUCACCCAAAAUGAUAUCAAAAAAAUUAUUGCCUUCUCCACAUCAAGCCAACUAGGCCUUAUAAUAGUAACUAUCGGCCUAAACCAACCACAACUAGCCUUCCUACAUAUCUCCAUACACGCAUUCUUCAAAGCCAUACUAUUCUUAUGCUCAGGUUCCAUUAUUCAUAAUCUAAACAACGAACAAGAUAUUCGAAAAAUAGGAGGACUACACAAAUCCCUACCAAUUACCUCCUCAUGCCUAACUAUUGGUAGCAUAGCACUCACAGGCAUACCAUUUAUAACUGGAUUCUAUUCUAAAGACAUCAUUAUCGAAACCAUAAAUACAUCAUACAUAAACGCCUGAGCCCUACUCCUAACACUAACCGCAACCUCAUUCACUGCAAUUUACAGCUUUCGCAUCUUAAUCUUCGUACAAACAGGACACCCACGAUACCCCUCCACACUCCUACUAAACGAAAACAACCCAACAAUUAUCAACCCAAUCACCCGCCUCGCAAUAGGAAGCAUCGUCGCAGGCUUACUCAUUUCACUAAAUAUCACACCAUUAAAAACUCCCCCAACAACUAUACCAACAUACAUUAAAAUCACGGCACUAACAGUAACAAUCCUAGGCCUACUACUAGCCUUAGAACUAAUCACAAUAGUAAACAAAACCCAAAAACCCUCCAACACCCACAAUUUCUCAAAUUCACUAGCAUACUUCAACACCCUAAUACACCGUUCACUACCAAUAGUGAACUUAAAAUUUAGCCAAAACAUCGCAACACAUCUAAUCGACCAGUCCUGAUAUGAAAACGUUGGCCCAAAAGGACUAAGCAAAUCACAAAUCACCCCAAUUACAACUUCAUCCGCGUCACAAAAAGGCCUCAUUAAAAUCUAUAUAACUUCAUUCAUCCUAUCAAUAACAUUACUACUUCUCAUCACCUAA